AUGAAGUUUAUCAACCUCAAUCCCAAACGUUUCUUCCCCUCCAAGAAACGAUCCGAGCCAUCUUCGUCGUUCGGAUCCGCUUCCACUUCUUCCUCUUCUACUGUCUCCGGCGAAACCAAAAAUAUACCCGACGGUGCAUCUCCGUACUCGCACAUCGAGCUUCUCAAAGCAUUCAAGCUAGUUUACAGAGACAACGACGGAGCAGUCUCGAGACAUGAUCCGGAGGCGUUAUUGAUUCAACUCGGUCCUCAUCCGCCGAAUGUAGAUGAUAUCAGUGUCAUGCUCCGGGAAGUUGAUCGUGACAGCCUGGAGACGCCGGCUAGCCGCGUCGUUUCCUCCGAUUCGUCUACUUCGACGGCGCUGAGGGAGACGACGUUCAAGUUCUUCGAUAUGAUCAUGGCUUUCACCUUACGGAGCAAGUGCAUCAAUUGA